GAGAGAGAGAGAGAGAGAUGAAGUGUCGUUGAAGGAAGAGAGAGGAGGGGGCCAGAGUAAAUAGAGUGGCAUAGCUAGCGUGGGUUGUAAUUAAGGCUGAUUUUUCCCUUUGGGGUUGUGGGUUGAAACUUGAAGAGGGCAGUGAGAAAGUUUGCUUUUUUAUUUUGAUUUUUCAAUUUGACCAUAAACAUGGGGAAGAGAAAUGGGUUUGUUGUGGCUUCAGAGAAGGGAACAGCAGAAGAAACAACAGAGUGCUGUGAUAUUGGGUUGGGUUUGAUGAUGCAAAAAACCCACCAAUCAUUUCCUCGUAAGAAGAUGAUGAUGAUGAUGCCUCAUCAUCAUGAUCAUCAUGAGCAGCCUCUGCUUAGCAGUGGAGGUAGUUUUGGUGGAGAAGGUUGUGGGGUUUUUGAGCAUAGUGCUAGUGGACCUUUGUUUUGUAACACAAGCAACCCAGUCACUAGUUGUAUCAGUGAUAUAUACAAUGCUGUCGGUUCUGAUUUUGGUUCUGUGGUGCCAAAGUCUCUGCAGCAGCCUUACUCUGAUCACAGCUUGUCUUUCAGUCCCUCAGGUGGAAUGGUGAAUGUGAAUAUGAGGCUUCCUUUUACCCCAGCUCAAAGGGAAGAGCUUGAGAGACAGACUAUGAUUUACAGGUACAUGAUGUCCUCUGCUCCUGUCCCUCCACACUUGCUUGUUCCCAUUGCCAAGAACCCAUCAAAUGUGGCUCACUUGUACCCAAAUUUGGUAAGAGGUUCAUUGGAGUUGGGGUUUUCUAGCAACUCAGAUCCUGAGCCAUGGAGGUGUAAAAGAACAGAUGGUAAAAAAUGGAGGUGCUCUAGAGAUGUAGCUCCUGAUCAGAAAUAUUGUGAGAGGCAUGCUCACAAGAGCCGGCCCCGUUCAAGAAAGCCUGUGGAAUCGAACCCCAACUUCAUCAACAACAACACCACCACCACCACCACUAGAAUGAGAAGCCCGAGGUCUAAUUUUGUCAAAAACAAUAACAGCAACCAGCCAACUCCAUUUUCUACCAACAUGGUCUCUCCUACUGUUCCAUCACAUGCCCAGCCCAGGUCUAUGGGUUGGUUCAUGAAGGGGGAAACACCCACCGCUCCCACUGCUGGUGGUUCAAACCAAGGAUGGGAGCAAAUGACGCAAUUUAAGUUAGGAUUAAAGAGCUGCUACACCAAGUGCAAUACAGAUGUGGAUGUAUCAAAGCAACAAAAUGAGAGCUCAUUCAAUUUGUAUAGAGAGUAUACAGGUGAGAGCCAAGGCCUGCAAACUCAGAGGCCCUCCCAUGACCAAUAUGGCUUGUUGCUGAGCCCCAAGUUGGCUCAUUUGGAAGGAGCCUUAAAUUCCAAUCAGACACAGGAAACAAGGCAUUUCAUUGAUGCACGGUCCACAACAACAGAGAGAGAUAGUAGUAUUGGUGAAAUUGGCAACAGAGGCUAUGUUUCUUCAAACCAGAAGCUACCCUUUUCAUCUCUUACUCUAUCAAUGUCUAGAGGGAAUGAAACCAAUGAAGAAACUGACAAUACUCAAAUGGGUCUUGGAAUUUUGGGUUCUGAAAGGGAAAAUGUUGGAGAUUUGAAGUCUCAAUGGAUGAACCCUCUUUCAUGUAUGAGCUCACCACCUGGUGGACCAUUGGCUGAAGCUUUGUGCCUUGGCAUUGCCAGUUCCACAAGAGCAACAUCCUCUAAUGGCUGCAUUAGUGGCUCCACCUCCAGUGGAGAUGGUGUUUAUACCUAGAAUGAGUUCGAUUUGAUCAACUGAAGAGGUGGACAAGCAAGCAAUGGGGGUUUACACCUAAAUGUUUGAACUUUUGGGGAAGAUCCACAAAGGGGAAAAAAUGACUCUUUUGAUUGAUUUUCUUGCCUACAUGCAUUAGGAGGUUGCGGUUCAUUACCUUUUCUUGUUCUUCUUUUCUAUCUAUUUGUUGAAAGAAAUGAAAAGAAUAUGCA